GGGAAGAACGCCGAGCGGCCGGGCGUGGGCGCCCGCGGAGAUCGACGUCCCGGCGGGCAGCCGGCGGUGGGCGUUGCUGCUGCUGCUGCCCUCGAGCCAUGGAGGGCUCGGCCGUGGCAGUCUGCGAGAUUUUGAAAUUUUUAAUAAUUCACUGGAAGUGUGAAACAGCAGGAACAUCAAAGGGAGCAUUGCUAGAAGGACAGCUAGUGAUUUCCAUGGAAGCAUUAAAUUCUAAGCACCAAGCAAAUACUCUUCAUUGUGUAACAACUAUUGCUUCUGCAGGAAGCAUUUAUGGUGGUUUGGUUCUCAAGAAGUUCCUAAAAGAAAUACAAUCUCUACUGCCUGGAUUCUCUGCAAAAUUGAAUUGGACUUCAGAGGAAGCCAGCUAUUCUCAGGACAUAUCAGGGGUAACACCCUUCCAGAUGAUUUUUGAGGUUGAUGAAAAGCCCAGAACUCUGAUGACAGAUAGUCUGGUGAUAAAGAAUUUUUUACAUAAAAUUGUCAUGGUACACCCUAAGAUUAAGUUUAAUUUCAGUGUAAAGGUGGAUGGAGUCCUUUCUGUGGAAGUCUUUGGGACAAAGAAUGAACCCACUUUGAACCUGUCGAAUGGAAUUGCUCUUGUUAUAAGCUAUCAGCAUUAUGUGAGUAAACCAAAAUUUGCUACAGCUGAAUUACUCUGCAGCAGAAUCCAUCCUGUCCUAGGACAUCCAGUAAUGCUUUUCAUCCCUGAUGACAUGGCUGGCAUGGGCUUGCUGGGAGAGCUGAUACUGACUCCAGCUGCUGCUCUGUGUCCCUGCCCAAAGGUCUUUCCCAACCAGCUGAAUAGGAUUUCUUCGGUUUCCAUAUUUCUAUAUGGACCAUCAGGUCUGCCUCUGAUAUUGCCAGGUCAGGAGCAGCCAACUACUACUGUCUUCAAAGAUACCUCUUAUUUCAUUGAUUGGAAGAAAUACCACUUGUGUAUGGUGCCCAGUUUGGAUCUCAACUUGGAUAGAGAUUUGGUGCUUCCAGAUGUGAGUUAUCAGGUGGAAUCCAGUGUGGGAGAUCAGUCUCAGAAUAUGGACUCCCAGGGACAAACGCUGCUGCUUUUUCUCUUUGUGGAUUUUCACAGUGGAUUUCCAGUCCAGCAACCAGAACUGUGGAGAGUCCACACUUUGCUCACCACUCAUCUCAGUGCCAUCCUCAUGGAGAACCACAGCGUAGUGCAAGAUUCCAUCCAGGUUGCCAUGGACCAGGCCUUGGAACAGCAUCACCAGGCUACCAAGGAUCAUCAGAAAUUUCAGGCCUCACUCUCAGUGGCUGUGAAUUCCAUCAUGAGUAUCGUGACUGGAAGCACCAGCAACAGCUUCCGAAAGAUCUGUCUCCAGGCCCUUCAAGCAGUUGACACUCAAGAAUUUGGGACCAAACUGCACAAAUCAUUUCAUGACAUCACCCGGCACCGAUCUCUUCCCUACUGCUCAUGUGAGACAAAGCAGCAGCUGCUCCCAGAGGAAAAUGCGGAGAACACAAAGGACGCACAUGAGAACAGCCUGGAACUCCUUGCAGGGACCAGCGGGCAAGUGGAAAACAGUCUCCGGCAGGGCAUAGAGGAGACACGGGCCUUCCACUCUGCGAGGGGCCCGAGCCAGUCAGAGGCCGCCGCGUGCCGCACGAAGCCCGCAGCGGCCUCCCUGACGCCUAGCGGGAGCAGGGCGAGCCCCGGGGGCGACCUGGAGGACUCGCUUUGGCAGCGGGAGGUCUCCAAUCUGUCUGAGUGGCUGAAUCCCGGCCCUGAGCCCUAAGCUGGGUGCCUCCCCACCCACCCCCUGCGCUUCCACGCCUACCCGCCAGUAGUUACCGCCGCGUGUUGUCUGUUGUACAAUAAACCUGCUCUGCGCACGC